UAUCCCAAAAAUGGCGGCGCUCAUUUAGAAAUGGCGACUCCCAGUGGAGGUGUGUGUUUUUUUCCGUACAACCUCUGCGAACGGAAGCGCAUGGUCCCUUUCUCCGAUGUUUAGUGUCAAAAUGGCAGCUUGCGUGGCUCGGAGGCUGGGACCUCGGCUGGCAAAAAUUGCUUCGGUAUCUCGCACCUUCCAUUGCAGUACUGUCGAUCAGUCUGGUGGGGCCUGGAGAGUGAAGCACGGUUUCCCUAUAAACCCUUCACAUUACGGACCCUUAACAGACCUUCCCGACUGGUCGUUUGCUGAUGGGCGGCCAGCCCCACCGAUGAAAAAUCAUCUCCGUCGGAAGGAAAAGAACGAAAACUUGGCUCGUCGGGUAGCCAUGAUCUCCGCAGAAAUGGAUCACGGGGUGGAGAAGUGGAAAGCUAAGCAGGAUGAACGAGAGCGAAAGGCAGAGGAAAAGCGACGCAACAGACUUCAACCUAAAGGAAGCUCCCAAAAGCAAGACCCCGAAUAAAUACUUUCACCCCUCCAAUUUGGGGCUUGGUUUGUUUGUUUUUUUAAACGUUCCCUUUUUUGCAGUGGGGAAACCACCAGAUUGUUCCAUCGAGAGCCUUUCUAGAACGUUCCUGUCCAAAGAAAAUGGAACCUGCAGCUCCUGUUUGUUUGGGUUAAGGGCGAAGUGGGACAAAAUGGUGGUCCUUUAGCACAAUAGCCGGUCACUGCUUGGCAGAGGAUCAAUUUUAAUGCAGCUUUAUGGGUGUGUGAGUUAGGCUUAAAAAAACAGUUUGGGCAGGAGCUGGGGCGUUGCAACAAGCUCAUCUCAGGGUCACGCAUCUUAGAGUCACCUCCCCACCAUACAUGUUAAAGGACUGUUGUAUCACUCUUAACAGCCAUGGAAAAUUUUGGGAACCUUGUUUGUUUGUUUGUUUGUUUGUUUGUUUGUUUGUUUGUUUGUUUCAAACUGCACGUCCUCUCUUUUCAUCUAGGUUCUCAAACGUGCCUUACAGCAAUAACACAUUGCUGCAAACAAUCAGAAACCUAGAUUGGACCUCUGACAUUUUAAAC